AUCUUCCCUCUCCGCUCCCGACCCCGCCCUUUCAUCUCGCCAUGAACAUCCUGAAGUUGAACGCCGUCAAGGCUUCUCCCAUCAUGCGCCAGCAGUUGCGCUCCUUCAGCGCUGCCCCCUCUGUCUGGGCUCAAAAGUUCCGUCAGGAGGCCGAUACCUUCGGCAACCUCCAGGUCCCCGCCGAUAGAUACUGGGGUGCUCAGACUCAGCGCUCUCUCCAGAACUUUGACAUUGGUGGUCCCACCGAGCGCAUGCCCGAGCCUCUUAUCAAGGCCUUUGGUGUCUUGAAGCGCGCUGCUGCCCAGGUCAACAUGACUUAUGGUCUCGAUAAGACCGUCGGCGACGCCAUUGUCAAGGCCUCUGACGAGGUCAUCGAGGGCAAGCUCCUCGACCACUUCCCCUUGGUCGUCUGGCAGACCGGCUCUGGCACGCAGACCAACAUGAACGUCAACGAGGUCAUCUCUAACCGCGCUAUCGAGCUCUUGGGAGGCGAACUGGGCUCCAAGAAGCCCGUCCACCCCAACGAUCAUGUCAACAUGUCCCAGUCCUCAAACGAUACCUUCCCCACGGCCAUGCACGUUGCUGCUGCCAUCGAGAUCAACCAGCGCCUCAUCCCCGCUGUCACCCAGCUCCGUGAUGCCAUCCAGGCCAAGAGUGAGGAGUUCAAGGACAUCAUCAAGAUUGGUCGCACCCAUUUGCAGGAUGCUACCCCCUUGACCCUCGGCCAGGAGUUCUCUGGCUACGUUCAGCAGCUAUCCUAUGGCAUUGAGCGUAUCCAGGGCACCCUUCCUCGUCUCUACAACCUUGCCCAGGGAGGCACCGCUGUCGGAACUGGCUUGAACACCCGUGAGGGCUUCGAUGUCAAGGUCGCCGAUGCCAUCUCCGGCAUCACCAAGCUUCCCUUCAAGACCGCUCCCAACAAGUUCGAGGCCCUUGCCGCCCACGAUGCCAUUGUUGAAGCCCACGGUGCCCUGAACGUCCUGGCUGUCUCCCUGAUGAAGAUUGCCAACGAUAUUCGCUUCUUGGGUUCUGGUCCCCGCUGCGGUCUCGGAGAAUUGAACUUGCCUGAGAACGAGCCUGGUUCAUCCAUUAUGCCCGGAAAGGUCAACCCCACCCAGUGCGAGGCCAUGACCAUGGUUUGCUCCCAGGUCAUGGGUAACAACACCACUGUCAGUGUUGCUGGUUCUAACGGUCACUUUGAGUUGAACGUCUUCAAGCCCGUUUUGAUUAAGAACACCAUCCAGUCCAUCCGUCUCUUAUCGGAUGCCUGUGUCUCCUUCACCAAGAACUGCGUCGUCGGCAUUGAGGCCAACGAGAAGAAGAUCAACGCCAUUAUGAACGAGUCGCUCAUGUUGGUCACCGCGUUGAACCCCUACAUUGGCUACGACAACGCCGCCAAGGCCGCCAAGAAGGCCCACAAGGAGGGUACCACCUUGCAGGAGGCUGCCAUUUCUCUUGGUCUCUUGGACGAGAAGCAGUUCAAGGAGUGGGUCCGCCCCGAGCUCAUGUUGGGACCCACUAAGGCCAACAAGUAAAUUCCGCCCGAGCAAUGUCUCCCGACUCUUUGAACGGAUGAAAGCGCGCGAUGCUUUUUUGUUCGACCUCAACUGUUACAUAUCCUUUCCUACAUACAUAGAUCAUCAACAUUCUUUCUCUCUCUCUCCCCACAACCUCCUCCAAUGAACGAAAAAUUCAAAUCGUAAUUUACAAUAGAUUAAAUGGUGCUUGAAUUUUUCUACUU